AUGGCAGCAAGAUCGGUAGCUCACUUCGCCCACCCCGCCCACGAGCUCAACCUCAUCUCCUACACCUUGCCGUGCUGGUGCGACCUGUGCGGCGACAGGAUCAGCACCGGCACCGGAUACAGCUGCCGCCGCUGCUGCUUCGACAUGCGCGAGGACUGCGCCAAGUACCCGGAGACGCUGCGCUUCUUCUUCGCGCACCCGUGGCACGACCUCACCCUCUCCCGCGCCGCCGCCGCCGCCUCGUGCUGCGACAUAUGCCGCGAGGACAAUAGGACAUCGCCGCGGACGGCGCGCAGCGACCUGCACCCGGGCCACGCCCUGACGGCGGUGCCCGCGGUGGGGACGUGCGCGGCGUGCCGCAGACCCUGCUACGUGUGGAUCUACCGCUGCGGGCCGUGCAAGGUGGACCUCCACAUCGUGUGCGUGCGCCCAUCGUGCGGCAGCAGCGACGCCGGCGAUGGCGCGGGAGACCAACGUGGAGCGAGGAAAGAGAAGGGGUCCCUGCGUGGGGCGAUUGAGAAUCGUCUUCAGGAAAUGGGAGCGGAAACCAUAAUCAUGACGCUAAUUGAGAACCUCUGA